UUCUCUCGAAGCGUCUCCAAUGGCGGUCGAUCUCCCCUGCGAUGGUGACGGCGCCUCCAUGGUUUGCAAGGAGACGCCGCUGGUGGUGGUGGUGAUGGAGUGCGGUUCCCCCGUUUGCCAUCGGUGCGCCUUCUGGAAGCCGCCGCGGCCCUCUUUACCCACUACGACGCCAUCUCCAAGCUUGCCCUCAAGUGCGACCGGCUCUCCAAUAGCAUCGACGACGAGGCCCUCGCUCUUCUAUCCCUCCCCUGGCCCAAUCGACGUCUGCUUCCUCACCGCUGUAACGCACCCAACCUGAUCUAGGACCAUAACCAUGACUCUUCCCCAUUCUCCAUCACAUACUCAUCCACGUUGAAGUAAAUCUGAGCUGAGAUUCUCAGAAAAGUCAGCUAUUCAAUAAAGACCAGCUCCUCUGAACUGAACCCAUCCUUGCCCAUGAACCUUUUAUUUUUUUUUAUUCUAAGAAGCCCAAGGUCACGGUCCAGGAGGCCGCCGCCAAGAUCGACGCCGCGGAUCUUGGCGCAUUUCUGGUCGAAGUGUUGGGGAGAAUUUGAUCUGAUUCGGCUUCCUAUGAAUCUCAACAGGAUAUUCAGCUGAUUCGGUUCGCCGAUUACUUUGCACGAUCCUUUUCCCCGGUCAGCGGAUCACAAUUCCCAUGGACCAAAAUGUUCAAGGAGUCCCCUGUUUCCAAGAUCAUUGAUAAAGAUGAAAAUGGAAAAGAACUUAAAUCUCCUUUGACCAUUGAUGUCGAAAAGGAUAAGCUUGGCCCGUGCACGGCGUUCCUCUCGCAUUGGUAAUGCUACUGAACUAAGGAGUUGCUUCCCAUAUGGUUCUUGAAAUGCCGGCAUUGUCCCCAACAAUGAAUCAAGGCAACAUUGCAAAGUGGAGGAAGAAAGAAGGAGAUAAGAUUGAUGUGGGUGAUGUGUUAUGCGAGAUAGAGACUGAUAAAGCAACUCUUGAAUUUGAAAGUCUUGAAGAGGGGUUUUUGGCUAAGAUAUUAGCUCCUGAAGGUUCUAAGGAUGUGCUUGUAGGACAACCUAUUGCAGUUACGGUUGAAAAUCCAGAGGAAAUUGAAAAUUUACCGGCUGAUAUAUCGAAAGGAGUCGAGGCCAAAGAGGACAAUCCAACUCAGGAGUUAACUCAUGAUGCCAAACACAAAGGGAGCAGUGAAAAACCAAAUUUCAGCAGAAUCAACCCAUCAGCAAAAUUGCUUAUUUCAGAAUAUGGACUGGACCCUUUGUCAUUGAAGGCAACGGGGCAUGGUAUUCUUUUAAAAGGGGAUGUGCUAGCAGCAAUUAAGUCUGGAGCAGGACCUCUACGACUUUCGGAGUUAUGUCAAGAAAAGAAAGCUGUGUCGACACAUGCCUUUCAGCCAACUUCUCAUAUGUCACCCAAGUCUGUCACCCCUUCACUUGACAAGGAUACACAUGAAGAUUUGCCAAAUAUGCAGAUUCGCAAGGUGAUUGCAAAAAGGUUGCUGGAAUCAAAACAGAACACUCCACAUCUAUAUUUAUCUACAGAUGUCAUUCUGGAUCCUCUACUUGCUUUAAGAAAUGAACUUAAAGAGCAGCACAAUCUGAAGGUUUCGGUUAAUGAUAUCGUCAUAAAAGCUGUUGCACUUGCAUUGAGAAAUGUACCUGAAGCAAAUGCUUACUGGAACAGUGAGAAAGGGGAGCUUUCUCUGUGUGAUUCGAUCGACAUAUCAAUUGCAGUUGCUACUGACAAGGGUUUGAUAACUCCAAUCAUAAGGAAUGCAGAUCAGAAGACAUUGUCAGCAAUAUCGUUGGAGGUCAAAGAAUUGGCUGAGAAGGCACGAGCUGGGAAGCUAACACCUAAUGAGUUUCAAGGUGGGACUUUCAGCAUCUCAAAUCUUGGAAUGUUUCCUGUGGACAAUUUCUGUGCGAUUAUUAACCCUCCACAGGCUUGUAUUCUUGCUGUUGGUCGAGGCAACAAAGUUGUUAAGCCUGUGGUUGGAAGCGAUGGAAUUGAAAAGCCUGGAAUUGUUACAAAGAUGAGCUUAACAUUGUCUGCUGAUCAUCAUGUUUUUGAUGGCCAGUUGGGAGGCAAGUUCCUUUCAGCUUUGGCAUCAAACUUCAGGGAUGUUUGAAGACUACUGUUGUGAGGCUUGGGAAGAAAACUCUGUGAAGUUGGUGUGAACAUUCUCGAAGCGGCUAUCGGAUAACAAGGCUUUGAGAUGUGACUUAAAUCUUGCCUUGCAUUAUCAGUACAAAUCCAAAAUUAAUUUAGUACAGAGAAAAACACCGGAUCAUUACUUGGGACUCCUUGACAACGAAUUGCUGGGGCUUCAUUUAUACCAUUUCAGGCUUUUUUAUUCUUCGCAUCCAUUUACAAAGCUAAGUUACUCGAGCCCCACAUCUCUUGAUCUGGCAGAUUCUCCGGUUGUCAUUUAUUCAGUUGGGGCUUGCAAUUAACUGAAUCAUGAGGCAAACUGAGCUGGGGAUUUUCUUGUACCCAUUAUCAAGAUUCUGUGUGAGUUAUACGCAUUUUCCAGUGAUAAUUAAAAAAAUAAUUAUAGGUUGUUUGCAGCCAUGGAUUUGUUAGACUUCAAAGUGGAUGGCGUGCAUCAAAUGGCCAAGUGGCCAAGUCAUGAGCAAUUUGUGGUUGAUCCAGAAAUCAGCUCACCGCAGGCUGGGCUACCAUCCUAAGCUCAGAAAAGAUGUCUGGUCUACACCAAGGAAGAGAAGAUGUCUCAAGCUAAGCUUGUGUUGAUAACUAGUAGGCCGCUGCAUGGUGAGAAGUUCCGUUCAAGGACCCAGUCACCCGGGUAUCAUGAGAGACGCAGAUAAUCAAGGGCUACAUGCAGAUUAUCUAAUGAGAAAAAAAGGGAUUGCAGUAUGAUAAAUCAGUUCAAGAAAAGAAAAUUUCGAGAAAUGUCAUGUAUUUGAGUUCUAUCCUUGUCAGGGACUAAAAUAUCAUGAUUUUCUAGUUUGAAUGCCAAGCUGCUAGUCCGGGCAAGAUCUUGGAGACAAGGUGGGAAAUUAUUUAACAACGAUUGGAAGACCCAUAACAAGCCUUAAUCACCCACUGUCUUUGAGGUUUGCAGAAAUAGAUGGUUUUGCAAAUGGAUUUGGAAGUUGAUUUUGGGACAGUGAUAUUGUGGUGUUUCUAAGGAAGCUUUUUUGUUUUUUUUGGUAAACUAGGGAAGCUAGUUAGGUGGACCCCGAGAAGCAAUGCUACUCUCUGCCCAAUGUGCAACAUGUAUUUGUGCUGGUCCACAUGCUUGAUGUCCAUCCUUGUAUGAUAGACAUGUUGUACAGCAAAGACAAGUUGUAAACGAGUAUUGAACAAACAAUCAGGGACGGGCAUAUUGCCUUGCGCUCAGUUUGUUUCCCAUCAACUACUCAACUCUUGUUGUUUGCGUGGCGUGUUAUUUAUUUAUUUGUUUCUUUAUUUAUUUUUGUGGAAGCAUGGUGUAGAAAGUCAAAAAAAAAAAGAGAAAAAGGCUGAAAAGGAGAUAAGAAGAAAGA